AGCACCCGGUUGUGUCCACGUGCAGUCUGCUGACGAGGAGCUUCUGACCUCAACCCUGGUGUUUGACUGUGCAAUAUUGCUCCCGUCGUCCUAAUCAAUUCGCUUUUCUAAGUGCUUCUAACAUUUUCAUUUUGAUUUACUAGCUUCUUCUCGGACAUGAACUUGAGUAGAGUUAAACUUGAGGUAGAAGAAACUGUGAUCAACAUCUAGCGAUGACAUUACGUAGGCCAUGUUGCAAGAAGUAGACUACGAUGAUUGAUAAUACUAACGUAGCCGUAGAACAAUCACUACUGCUGCAGAGCUAGUUUUGUGAAGCGACAAUUAAACAACUCUUCAUGAUCUAGCAAGGGGCCCGUCCAAAUAUGUCAACGGAUUAAACGUUAACGUCCUUGUUCAUAUCUCGAUUUUUUUGACCAUCAUGUCCGAGUCCGACGAUGGAUUUCCUACUUUCUACUAUAAAAACCAUGUUGCUCGUUCUAACUUAGUUUCGGAAAGCAUCAUGUUACAACUGCAAAUUAUCGUUUUUUAGCGGCAGCAAUGUAAUGUAAUUUUUGUCAUUUUGAUGGAUGAAUGUUUUAAAGCCCUGUGUGAAGAUUGAUGACAUCAUCAAUCAUGACAUGAGGAUGAAUUAGUGUACCCAUUUAAUUUUCAGGACUGAUGUUAUUUGUUACACGACCUAGUGGUCCUUGUGAUCAUAGAUCUCAAAAAGAAGCCUAUUUCUAAUACAAUAGUUGUAUUCCAUGUGUUUGCUUAAGGAUAACAAAUGGAAACAAAAUAAAGAAGCAUUCACUAUAAGUAUAAUUUGUGUAAAAUGACAAAAAGCAUGACGGAUCCAGAUCCACCAUCAUGUGCGUCAUCUUUGUUCGAUGAAGAUACUGUUAAUAACGCAGUCGAAGAGCCCCGGUCGGGGAGGACGAGUGGUGCAGAUGCAGGCGAGCAAGCUUCAAAGCGAGGAGGUGGACAAUUAUUGCAAGAAGCACAAGGCUGUCGAUAUGUAUUUGAAGAUGAAAAAAUUGCGCGAGCGCAGUCAGAGAUUUCCGUCUCCGCCACUAGCACCGCAGCGGCAACAUCAGCCGACGGAAAGAAGGCUUGCCACUGUGAUACUGUUGAAGAACAUCAGGAGCAUCAGUCAACCUCAGGAACAUUUUUGCCUGCGUCCUCACCGGACGAGUUGUCAGCGAACACGGCAUCUUCAGCAUCGUUAUUGAAGAACGGAUCGAUAUCGACGCUUCCCUCUACUUCUCCGCACAGCGCUAGCACAUUUUCAUUCACUCUAGCAACGUUAAACUGCUACUUGAUACCCGAGAAGCUGGUGACACGACCAAACGCCUCCUGCCGUGAUCAAGGGCAACGGGCUGCAAAAAUAGGUCGCUUUCUCCAACGUACAAGCUUGUCUGGCUUACAGGAGGUUUGGGGAAGUCAGUGUCGUACUAUGGAACUAGGAGCUGUUGAUUGUCAAUCCGAAUAUUACAGUCACAGCCGAGAGGGGAACAAUGCACCGGAUGAGACAAAAUAUGUGAAUGAUAGUCCAGCAUCACGGCAAUCAGCGGAUCUGCGAUUUUUUUAUCAAUCGCUCGGGUUCACAGUGUUGGACACUCUGAAACUGAAUGCGAUCCAAAAAACAGGAGGGUUGCAGCUCGUCCACGAUAGCGAGAGGCUGGAGAUGUUGGCCUACGGAAAGCGAACGUUUUCGACGAGCAUUUCGAAGUCGAAAAAAGGCAUGCUAUGUGCGCUCUUCCGCUGUAAACCUUCAAUGACAGAUCAUGGCGAAAAUGAGGACGCCAAGCACAAGUAUGUUCUAUUGUUGAAUUUGCAUCUGGACCACGCGAAUGUUAGGGACAGCCAAAGAAAGCAACUGCACGAAGUGCAGGGCUAUCUCAGGGACAUCGCAGAAGCCAUAUUUUCGAAAAGGGGAGGGGAAACAAAAAGUAGUACAUGCAGUACUACAAACACAUUCACGAUGAGCGGAAGCUGCAAGGCCACUGCCGCCACAUCCUUUCAAAAAUCCUGCCCAUUGAAAUACUUGAGCGGUCGCGACGACGUGCUGCCCCUGGAUGCUGGCUGCGUUGCUGCGUUUGUGACGGGGGAUUUUAACAUCGAUGGGGGCUCCGCGCUAGAGGGAGUCAAAGAGCGCGAUGAAAGACUGCUGCAAUUCAAUCUGUCGGAGGCAGCGAAGAUACGCAAACGCAACAAUAGAAGAGCACGAGGAAGACGAGAUGGCCAGGAUGACGCUGACAAUAACGUCGACAAGGACACUUCGGUAGAAGGAGCAAGCACGCGAUGGAGUUGCCGAAGAAGAAACAGCUCUUAUGCAACCAGUCCGGGAGAUGAGAGGCGCACUGGCACUGCGGCCCAAGAAGAACUAGGACAAGCACGAGAUGAUGCUGAUGGUAGCGAUGUGGAGGCGUCCUCAAACGUGAUCAACCAGAGUUCCAGAGUUUCCUCGGAGCAAUCCUUAGCCAUGUUGGAGUACCUUAUGAAGGCACCUGCAUCCGAACAGAGAGACCUUUAUCAGGCCAUGAUAGAGGCUCUGGGAGGAAAAGAGAAUGUGAUGGAUUUGGCCAAAGAGUACAAUGGCGGACGCGAAACGUAUAGUAGCGAGGCAAACCCUCUGGCUAUGUACCAAACGCGCCGUUUGGACUACCUUUUUGCCCUGCGGACGCUGCCUGGCGCUACUUCCAGUACCCCAUCUCGAAGUAUCAAAUCUACACUACACCCGCUCCUAACGCCAACCUGUACCAGUGUAGAAGUGGUGUGCAGCGACGUUUUGAGCGACCAUUGGCCAGUCAAAGCGCACAUAACAAUUUGAUCAAGUGUUGUUAAAACCCAGCAAUAGUUCUUGCCUAAAUUAAGCUACGAGGAUGUUUCGUCCUGGCUAGAGAAAUCUUCCGCGCAAUCAUGGUGAAAGAGCGGAAGGCGCUUUCGUUGAUGCAUUUUUUUAGCAGACCAGUCACCUCUACUCCACUACAUCACGCGCUCCUUCUUUCUUACUCAUUUUUUCAUCUGAUGUCGCUUUACCGAUAUCUUUGAAAAGUCAGGGAAGAUAUAGUUAUUAAUACAGGAUAUAAUGGUUAUGGAUUACCUUUAGCACUAGUAAACUUCUUCAUUCGACUUAUUCCUAGCAAUCAUUCAAUUGUCACCCAGCAUAGAAAGAACCAACUCAGCAUACUUAGAUACAACCCUCGCCAUAUACACCUUGGUGCUUUGGAUCUCUCUAGCUUUUUCUUGUCUUGUAACUUCAUGUAGUGUGUAUUGAAGUUCUUGCUGAAGAGGACGAUUUAAACUUUGUUUAACCACGACCUCCAGCAUGUAAAUUAUGGGUUGUUUUGAUCUUGAUGCUUCAUUCACCAUGCCAACAUCAUUACUUAAAUAGCGAGCCUCGGGGAACGAUUGCUAUAUCAUGUGAGUCACGAGCAAAGAGAGACACGAUUGCUAAACACCCUGUUGCUCUGGUUUUUUAACGAAAUGAGAGUAUACCUACUAACGAAAAACUCAGAGACACAGUUAUCGCCAGUGACGUUUUUUAUGAGAAGGAAAGUCUCGUCUAGGUAUUUCAGGAAACCACUAAUCAUACACAUAAACAUCGACUGUAUAUGCUUUAUCCCGAUUACAGGCUCCAUGAUAGGUACGUCGACAUAGUAGACGUACGUACUUAUUUACUCUGCGACGUCCCCUAACGAACUUUCAUCGCGAUCGCGAAAGGCUAGAAUUAGCAAAAACAACUUUAGCUUUACUUUCUUUAGUCCUCACAGCAUGAACUCGUGUAGUUGUUCAAAAGCCGCUGCCGC